AUGAGGAUCACGAACGUCGGCCACAAGGUGCUGAUCCUCCACCAGGACUUGCGGAUCGGGAUCUGGCUGGCCGGCGAUCACGUCCCGCGACUGCCAGGUUUCAUCUCAGUGGGAUCCCGGCGCUAUAUGGAGUGGCAAAAUCUGGCCCUCGAAGCGACCGUGGGUCUCCGAUCUGUAGACUCGGAUCCGGAUGCGGAAGAUCCGCCAAGGCCUGCAGUGGAGCUCCCCGAGUAUGAAACUCCGCGCGAAAUACUGCAACGACCCAGGCUGACGACGAUCAAGUGUCUGAUGGGCGGAUCAAGUGGAGAUCAAGAGGUCUCUGACCACCCGCCUUUGGAUAAACCGCCGUCGGACAACCCACCGCUGGAUUAUCGACCGUUGGAUGUGGCGUCUGUCGCACGUGAUGGGUCGGAUCUGUCGUCUAUCGCAGAUGACGACUCUAUGUCGCAUGUUGUAACGGUCGUGAAGGCGCUGGACGAUCAGAAUCCAGGCGUAUCAGGUAUUACGACAGCGGAUCUGCCCCAGGUCGAGGAUCCAGCCGUGGAAACCGUAUUGGCAGAUGAAGCUCUAAGUGGUGUAACUGGUGCGGAUCAAGAUCCACCAGUUCAGAAAGUCCAAGAUCCGAAGGUGACGACGUUGAAGGGUGAUGGGUCGCACCCAUCAUCAUUGAUGGGUGAAGAAUCUGGGACGAGCCAUAAGUUGGGUGAUCCGUUGGACCAGAAGGACGCCACGUCUAUACCACAGAAAAGGGACGAGGAUCCGGCAGCUGUUGUGGAAGAUCAGCCGAACACAUCGGAUCUGGACCUUGCUUGGGACUCGGAUCAGGAUUACGACGAAUGUGUGUAUUACCACGAAGUCAGCGAUCUCUACGCUGAAGAUGUCGACGGACAACUGGCGGUGCUGCCUGAAGUCCCAGCAACGACGGAAGCUAUGAGGAUCGAGGAUAUCCAUUUGUGCGGAUCCGACGAUCAGACGCCUGAAGAGAUCGACCGACUCCGUCAGCGGAUCUGGAAGUUCCGACAUCUCUUGAUCGGCAAAGGAAAUGCGCUCCCACCAGCGGCCCGACGGGUUGUGUGUGAUAUUGAUGUGGGAGGAGCUCGGCCGAUCGCGCUUAAGUGUCGAAAGCUGCGGAUCCAGUUCCGAGAGAAAUUGGCAGAGCUGAUCAAAGGUCUCCUGCCAGCUAAGAUGAUCAACCACUCAAGAUCUCCAUGGGCAUCGCCGAUCGUCGUGAUCAUCAAGAAGAAUGGUGUGGAUAUACGAUUGUGCAUUGAUUAUCGGUUGGUUAACAGUCUUACGCAGCUGAUGGUUUACCCGAUGCCGCUGAUCAACGAUCUACUGAAGGAUCUCGAGUCUACGCUAUGGUAUUGCUCACUGGAUAUGGCGAGUGGAUUCUGGGUGGUGAAGAUGACGGAUCGGGCCCGCCUGAUCUCGGCCUUUAUUACCCCAUUUGGGCUUUUCGAGUGGAGGCGGAUGUCUUUUGGGCUGAAGAAUGCGCCGCAGAUCUACCAGCGAAUGAUCGACAAUGCUCUGUAUGGGUUCACUCGGAUCCCGAAAAUGGCAGGUGAUUUGGAACGUUUAGAUGUAUUCGAAGCUGGAGAACCUGAGGAUCCGGAUCUGCUGGAGGCGUGCGACACAUGGAACUUGUCGAUCACUGUUGUCAAGAGUUUCUGGGGCAUGCCCAAGGUGGAAUAUCUCGGUCACAAGGUAUCGCACAAGGGACUGGAUGCGAAUCCGAAGGAUCUGUCGGUGUUGACGGAUCUCGAGUUUCCUGGAUCCCUGCGUGCCAUGCAAUCCUUUUUGGGGACCCUGAAUUAUUACAGUCGCUUCAUCGAAGACUACGCGAUUUACGCGUCCGUGCAGUAUGAGUUGAGGGAGAUCGACUAUGCUGCGAUGGAGAAGGGCAGGAAUCGAAACCGGAUCCAGCUAGCACUAGCAUCGGAAUCCCCGGAUCCAGACAUGAUGCCUAAGGAUCCGACGAGUCCGCAACCCUCGGAUCCGAAUCCGCGGGGUCCGGAUCCCGAACUUAGCGAUCAAGAUCCGAACCUAGCGUCACGGGAUCCGACGCCUGAUUGUGUGGAGGCGUCGAACCCCGAGAAGGACAAUCUUGCGGAUCUAGAUCCCCGGUGGAUCCAUGCUCACAGAUCGUUCAAGGUGCGAAAAGAGAAGAUCGCGAAAACGCGAUCCUGCGGCACUUCGAUCCGGAUCGGCAAGCUGUGA